UCAUAUUGUAAUAUAGAUUUUAUCUGCUAUACCAUGAGCGGCAGAGAUAGUCCCUGCAGCGACAUGUUUGCAAACUACCUGGAGCAUACUGUCGAGCGCUCGGAAGUCAGUGGAUUCGCCAUGCCGCUCGACGAUGAGAAAGCCACGCUCAGCCCAUGGCGUCGCAACUCACUCAGCGAUGGGCGCGUUGUAUCAGCAGCUCCAAGCGAGGACUCGCCCUACAGUAUGGUGCGGUCUGCAGUUGCUCCACGAGACACCCAUGUUCCCUCACUGACGUUCAGAUCUGUGGUGCUUGGCUUGUUCUUUUCAGUUGCCCUAGGGUUCGCCAACCAGCUACUGUGGUUCAAGGCCACGCCUAUCACUAUCGGCGGGUUCUUUGUGCAGAUUGUGUCGUUUCCGAUGGGAUACCUGAUGUCGCGGAUACUGCCGACACGGAAGUUUAAUACCUUUGGGUAUACAUGGACGUUCAACCCUGGCCCGUUCAGCAUCAAGGAGCACGCAAUUAUAUCAAUUUUUGCUGCAUCGGCGGCUACCAGCGCGUAUUCUAUCGAUAUCCUCGUGGUCGAGACCAUUUACUACAAUCGGCCGAUGGGGUUUUUACCAGCCAUACUGAUUACCCUCUCGUCGCUGAUGCUGGGCUACAGCUAUGCUGGUCUGAUGCGCGAGCUGCUGGUGUACCCGGCGGCUAUGAUUUGGCCGUCAUCAUUGGUCAGCGUGACGCUAUUCCGGACAUUCCACGAGAAGACAUCGUACCUGCACCACGUUUCGCGCCUAAGGUUCUUCUGGAUUGCGUUCGGGUGUAUGUUUGUGUACAACAUCCUGCCCGGGUUUGUCAUGCCAGUGCUGACGUUUGUGCCGGCUCUGUGUCUGGCUGCGCCCAACAAUGUGAUCGCCCAGCAGGUCGGCGACGCGUUCCACGGGCUGGGCGUGCUCAACUUCACCUUUGACUGGUCGGUGAUAUCGUCGGCCUACUUUUCUUCGCCAAUCGCCAUUCCGUGGUACAUGGCAUGCAAUAUGUUUGCAGCCUUUGUCCUGACCAUGUGGGUUAUUACGCCCGCAGCAUACUACAGUGAUGUCUGGGGAUCCGGCAAUUUGCCAAUCUAUUCAAACAGUAUUUUCUUGGCCAAUGGUUCCUACUACGACACGUCUCGGGUCAUGGAUGCCAAAGGCCAUUUGGACCCCCAGAAGUACGCAGAGUACGGCCCAAUUCGCAUGCCGUUCCAAUUCGCAUACGUUUACGGUCUGUCGUUUGCCGGCAUCGUUACCCUGGUUGUCUACACAGCGCUCAACCAUGGGCGGGAUAUCUACAACCGCCUUCGCCACUUGAAUGUGGGCGACGACGAUUAUCUAGAGGUUCCCCGGUGGUGGUAUGCAGUCACGUUGGUCUCAAUGCUUGCAUUGGGUAUCACGGCGUGCGAGGUAUACGGCCUGCUUCCAUGGUACUACAUGCUGCUUGCAAUCACAAUUUCCUUCAUCUUUCUGGCUCUGAGCAACCAGCAGCCAGGGCUCAACGUGAUCACCGAAUUUUUGAUCGGGUACCUGCGGGCUGGUGACCCUCUAUACGGCUAUAUCACGAUGACUCAGACACUGAUGCUCGUCAGCGACCAGAAGCUGGGCCACUAUAUGAAGAUUCCACCUCGACACGUAUUCAUCGCGCAGUGCGGCGUCGCAAUCUGGAUCCUGCGUGCGAUCGAGGGCAUUUGCACGACCAACGAGGUAUGGAGCUGUGCCAGUGCCCGCACAUUCUACUCUGCAUCGGUCAUCUGGGGGCUGGUUGGUCCGCAGCGGCUAUUCCAGAACGGCUCUCCGUACUCGCCUCUCUUCUACAUGUUCCUGGUUGGUGCAAUGCUGCCUGUACCGGUGUGGUAUCUGCAGCAGCGCUAUCCAAACAGCCUGUGGAGAUACGUCCAUCUGCCCGUGUUUUUCACGGUGCUAGGAAACAUGCCGCCGGCACCAUCGGCAUCCAUGACCAGCUGGUUCUUUGUCUGCUUUGUGUUCCAGUACUUGAUCCACAGGUACCGCUAUGGCUUCUGGCAACGGUACGCGUUUUCCUUGUCAGCAGCCUUGGACUCGGGCGUUGCGCUGUCGACAAUUCUGAUAUACUUUGUCUUGAUAUUGCCCAAUGUCCAUAUGCCCGACUACUGGGGCACAAAGACGCGCCUGUGCCCCUUGGCCGCUAACGGCGGCGGGUACAAGAACUACCAGGAUUUCCAGCCUCGUACGUGAUAAAUAAAUCCAGUAAUCGCC